CCGGUUAAUAUUUCUUUUUGAUCUUACGGAAGGAGAUAUCAUUCCCAACUCCAGUUCUGAAAAUAAAGGAGACGGACAGUGACUAGGAAGAAGAAACAGACUCCACCGGAACCGAGGACGACCCGUAGGGAAUGCAAAUGCUAGUCCGUCGGUUUGGUGAGACCGGUGAAAGGAACCUUGUAGUAGUUGCAUCCCUCAAGCUCGCGCAAAUUAUUGUAGUAUUGUCCAUCCUCAACCUUAAACGGCCACCACUCCUGAUAUUUCCCCAACCGCAAUCGGGCAGCGAGCAUCCGGACUCCACCGGUGCAGUAGUACAAAACCACCAGUCAAACAGAUCACCAACGCCGGAGAAAGGUCAGCUCACUCCUCACGCUCCUGCUUCCCGAGCCCCCAAAACACAAACAUCAUCACCACAUCCAUUCUCAAACUUCGCAAUCCCGUGCUCUAUCCUAUCCAAAGCACCACAUUAUUUAUUCAUUCAUUCAUUCACUCAGCAUCAUCCACCAAAGUCCCAAUCCCAAAUCCCACUUCUUUUUCUCCUCCUCUCCGGCACAGCGGUCGCGAGCAAGGAUGGUGUCCAAGAUCAAGCGGCUGCCGACGCUGGCCAAGGUGGCCCUGCUCCUGCUCGUCCUGCUGCUCCUCCUCACCGCCAUCCUGCUGCUCAUCUUCCUGGUCCCGCGCCACCGCACGGCGCCGCUGCCGCCGGCCGCGCCCCCUGGGCCGGCGGAUAACUGCUCGGACCGCGCCGUGGCGUUCGACUUCUCCCCGUUCCUCGUCCAGUACAAGGGCGGCUGCGUCCACCGGAUGGAUGGCACCGCGCGGGUCCCUGCCGGCGUCGACGCGGCCACCGGGGUGAGCUCCAAGGACGUCGUCAUCGACCACGCGACCGGCCUCGGGGCCCGGAUGUACCUGCCGGCGGGGGCAGGCGAGGGCAAGAAGAAGGAGAAGGACCUGCCGGUCGUGGUGUUCUUCCACGGCGGCGCGUUCGUCAUCAUGACGCCGUUCGAGCCCAAGUACCACGACUACCUCAACGCGCUCGUGGCCAAGGCGCGCGUGGUGGCGGUGUCCGUGGACUACCGCCUGGCCCCGGAGCACCCGCUGCCGGCCGCCUACGACGACUCGUGGGCGGCGCUCAACUGGGCCGCCAGGAACGCGGACGCCGGGCCGGAGCCGUGGCUGCGGGACCGCGGGAACCUCUCCCGCCUCUUCCUCGCCGGCGACAGCGCCGGCGCCAACAUCGCGCACAACAUGGCGAUGCGCGCCGGGAGCGGGCUGGAGGGCGGCGCAGCCAUCCUGGGCGUGCUGCUCCUGGACCCCUACUUCUGGGGGAAGCGGCCCGUGGGCGCGGAGACGACGGACCCGGCGACGCGGCGGCGGUACGAGGCGACGUGGUCGUUCGUGUGCGCCGGGCGGUACGGCAUCGACGACCCGCUGAUCAACCCGCUGGCGGCGCCGGCGGCGGAGCUGCGGGGCCUGGCGUGCGCCCGCAUGGCGGUGACCACGUCGGGGCUGGACGACUUCGAGGCGCGCGGGGAGGCGUACGCGGCGGCGCUCAACGGCAGCGGGUGGGGCGGCGAGGUGGUGCGGUACGAGACCGCCGGCGAGCGGCACGUCUACUUCCUGGACCAGCCCGCCAGCCCCAAGUCCGCCAGGGAGCUCGCGUUCGCGGCCGCGUACCUGAGCCGGGGCUAGGACACGGACACUUGGUGGGAUGGGAUCGAUCGGUUGGAUCGUCGUGCAGUGCAGUGCACCGGUGCACGUGAGAUCGUGAGGAUUGGUUGGUGAUUGCCGACUUGCCGUACAUGAUUGAUUAGCUUCUCCGAUUAACUAUAUCACUUUAGUAUAUACUGUUGCUUUUGUUUC